UUUACUGAGGCGCAUCUCAGGCAAAAUGUCCCGUGUAUCAACGGUUAAGGUUAGCUAACAGACUCGGAGUUGUCCCAAUACUAGCUGUUUUGAGAUGUAGCAGCAGGCAGCCAGUGAGCUGACCCUGGUUCAGCACAGCCCGUCUGUCAGAAGGCAAAAGGGAAAUCAUGUCCUGCAAAGCCGCAACCAAGGACAAAAAGUCGAGCUUCAGCAAGAAGCUGUUCAGGCGAGGCUCUGUGCGCUCCGUGGGCAGCUUUAUGAGCAAAGUCCUCCGGACGCUGACAGCCUUAUCACACUUUGGAUCUGAAGUACAGACCGAUGAUGACAAGGAUGAUGGAGGAUUCUCCGCGUUCAAAUCCGGGAGUAAAGAUGUCCCCAUGGAGGAUGGGGACUUUGGUGGGUUCCUGUCCGGAGAGCGAGUUCCCGGAGUGUCAGGUCUGAAGAACCACGGCAAUACCUGCUUCAUGAAUGCAAUCCUGCAGUGCCUGAGUAACACGGAACUCUUCGCCGAGUACCUCGUUUUGGAGCACUACAAAGGCGAGGAGUUAGAGGAGGAAAAGCCGAAAACAAACGGCGUCCAUCUGCAGAAGAAAGGUCCUCUAGGCAAAGGAGAAGUGACUGAGCAGCUGUCCGGACUGGUGCGGGCUUUGUGGACGUUUGAGUAUACACCUCAGCAUAGCAGGGACUUCAAGAAUGCUGUGUCAAAAAAUGCCACACAGUUUAAAGGGAAUGCUCAGCACGAUGCUCAAGAGUUUCUGCUGUGGUUGCUGGACAGAGUACAUGAGGAUCUCAACACCGUCAACCCAAACACCAGGCCUGCUAUUAAGCCUCCCAUUGAAGAAGAUGACCAGAGCAUAGAGGGGCCCUCUCCUCCUCUCUCUGCUGGGUCGUUUGUGCAGGAGCUGUUCCAGGCUCAGUAUAGGUCUUCUCUUACUUGCCCGCAUUGCCAAAAGCAGAGCAACACCUUUGACCCCUUCCUCUGCAUCUCCUUACCAAUCCCUCUGCCACACACACGGCCCUUGUAUGUGACUGUGGUCUACCAGGGGAAGUACUCUCACUGCAUAAGGAUUGGAGUUGCUGUUCCUCUCAAAAGUACUGUCUAUCGCCUCAGAGACGCUGUGUCACGUGAAACCAAGAUCCCAAUGGACCAGUUUGUUCUGACUGAAAUGUAUUACGAUGGCUUCCAUCGCUCAUUUUGCGAUGAUGACGAUGAUCUUGACAUCAUCCAAGAGAGCGAUUCCAUCUUUGCCUUUGAGACACCAGAGACCUUCAAAUUAGAAAACCUACGCACAAAAAGAGGAAGCCUUCUGGCAAAUCUAAAUCAUAACAAUUUAAAGUACGGGACAGAAAUCAGCAGGACUCCAUCCUUCAUGCAGGGAGCAGUGACUCCUGUAACUGGAUCUCCAAAUAAAAACGUAGGGCCAGAAAAGGUUAUUCUCCUGGUGUGUAACAGAGCGUGCACUGGCCACCAGGCAAAAAGAUUUGGCCUGCCUUUUGUACUGUACAUGGAGCGCACUGUGACUUGGGAUGCUCUACAAAAAGAGAUCCUGGAGAAAAUGCGACAUCUUUUGAGGCCUGGGGUCUACAUUCAGGUUGGACCUUUCAGUCUUCGGGUGGUUGGCGUUGUUGGUAUUACCUACCUCCUUCCUCAAGAUGAGAGACCACUGUGUCACCCAACGGUUGAAAGAGCGUACAAGUCCUGUGGACAAGGAGGACCUCCACAUGUGAAGAUUGUGGUCGAGUGGGACAAGGAAACCAAGGACUAUCUGUUCGGCCACACUGAGGAGGAGUAUAUUCCAGAUGCUGAGAGCGUCUAUCUGCACAGGCAGCAGCAUCAUCAGCCCCAGGCCUGCACCCUCGCUCAGUGCUUUCAGCUCUACACUAAAGAGGAGCAGCUGGCUCCAGAUGAUGCCUGGCGCUGUCCCCACUGCAAGCAGCUGCAGCAGGGCCGGAUAAAGCUCAGCUUGUGGACGCUGCCGGAUGUGCUUAUACUGCAUCUCAAGAGAUUUCGACAGGAAGGAGACCGGAGGGUGAAGAUGCAGAACAUGGUGAGGUUCCCACUGAUGGGGAUGGACAUGGCACCACAUGUGGUCAAGAGAAGCCAGAGCAGCUGGAGUUUACCGUCUCACUGGUCGCCAUGGAGACGGUCCUACGGCCUUGGAAGGAACCCUGAUGACUACCUUUAUGACCUAUAUGCUGUUUGCAACCAUCAUGGCAAUAUGCAUGGAGGACACUACACUGCUUACUGCAAAAACUCUGUUGAUGGUCAGUGGUACUGCUUCGAUGACAGUGAGGUGACACCAAUUUCUGAUGAUGCUGUGUGUCAGCAAACGGCCUACAUACUGUUUUAUCAGAGAAGAACCGCAAUUCCCUCUUGGUCUGCCAACAGCUCUGUUGCUGGCUCCACUAGCUCAUCACUGUGCGACCAUUGGAUCAAUAGGUUACCUGGAAGCAGGCCUGCCAGUUUGGCCUCUGGAGCUUCAUCCAGACGUACCUCGCUUGCUUCACUGGCUGAGUCAGUGGAGUUUCCUGCAGAACGUAAUGAGGAUGAUGGAGGAUUUUCUGUCCGCCCAUUUGUGAGAAGCAUCCAGCGACAGAGCUUGUCCUCAAGGUCAUCUAUUGCCAGCCCUUUGGCCUUCAGUGACAGUGGAAUGAAGCCAUCUUGGUCUCUCUCUGCCAAGCUCCAGAUGAGAUCCAACUCACCCUCACGCUUCUCCUUAGACUCUCGGUGUUCUCCUCCUCUGGAGAGGAUAGGAGAGGCAGGCGACGAUAAGGUAUCCACGUCCUGUUUUGGCAGCUACAGUCGACAUGAACGGUACUUUGGCAGCAGGACUCCGUUGUCUAUGAUGGAAAGCAACUUCGGUGAAGACAGCAAUAAAAGGUUCGUAGACAUGAUGUACUGCAGAGCUCCCACCCCAGUGGAAAAGAAGAGCAACAAAAAUGACACAACUGAAAACAACAAUGAGAUCACAGCUAUAGACCAAAACAUACAACCCACUCAAGCAACUCCCUCCAAAGAGCAAAAAAGAAAAAGUAGCAUUGGAGGAUUUACCCUGAAGUCCGAAAGCACAGGCUCCAUCAAGAGCUCCAGCAAAACAGAGUUGGAGAAAACCUCCAAAAAACGUCUUUGCUCAAUUAAUAAGAACCCAGCCUCUGACGCGUCUUCCAGUUCACCGGCAAAAGGCAAGAAGCUGAGCAGCACGAAGGAGAAGACUGUAAACACGAAGAAAAGCACCUUGACACCCAGUGGAACGCCCUCUAAAACGAAGGAAUCAAAUAAAACUCCUGAGGCGACUCCACAACGUAAACCUUCCCUCUGCUCCACACCUCAGUCUUCAGCUUCUCCCUCUCCAACUGCGAAGAAGAACUCAAGCAUUACUGAGAAGGGCUCAACGAGCUGCCGGAAACGACUGAUGGAAAGGAGUUACAGCAGAGAUUCUAUGCACACCAGCCCCCUCGUUGACAGCCAUCGGAGCAGCUGUGUGUCCCGUAGUUCACUUCCCAAGAAUGGGGACAGUAGUCGGCUUGAGAGGAGGUCUGUAAGGAGUUCCAGCAGCAGUUCUUCAGUCACAAGCCUGCGCUCACCAAGUGUAUCCACCAGAGACUUGCAACGGAGUAGCAAAUCAGAGGAGAAAGGCUUGUCUUUCUUCAAGAGUGCCCUCCGACAGAGAGAAAGUCGCCGGUCGGCUGAUUUAGGAAAAAGCGCAUUGCUUACCAAAAAGGCUUCAGAGAGGACAUGCAAGCAGAACGGACAAGCUAAGGAGGUAGACGGUGAUGGUCAAAAGACUGGAGAAGCUGGGUCCUUGAAAACGUCUAAAGAAACUCUGGGAGGCGAGUCAAACUCAGACAAGCAGGAGUCUUCCAAGCCCCCCAGCUCUCUUAGUCGUACUCUACUAGGAAAGUCCAAGUCUUCCUCAUCCGAUGUAAGUAGCAAGUCUCGUACAGAUGGGAAGAAACCUCUAGAAAAGAUGGCAUCUUCUCGAAAGCUGUCAUCAAGCAUGCAAUCUCCUGCACGAACAACACAGAGGCCUCAGUGAUACAUCGGUAGUAGUAAUGAGAAAUAGAACAAUGCAGCUAUUUACGUUGUGCCUGGGUUUCAGUUAGCAUCAGAUGUAUUUGAGACACACUUUUUGGUGUUAUGGUUUUGUACAUCAGCCCUAAAGUCUUUGGCUUUGAAAUUUCCCUGUUUAAGAUAUUUCUUUUUUGUUUUUUAUUAAAGUAAAAGCAUUAUAUCGUCUGCAUAUAAGAGUUCAUGGCACUUGCCUGACAUGCUAACAGUAUUUUUCCAGCCUUUGAUGCUUAUGUUUUGAAUGUCUUCUGUAAAUAUUCAAAAGUCAGUGGCAAAGAAAACAAAACCAUGAUAUCAAAAUUAGCCUCUGGCACCAGUUGCCAGUUAUUUCAUAGUUCAGAAAGAAUGUUUUAAGAGUUUCAUUCUGAAAUAAUUCGUUAAAAAUUGUAUUUUUUGUGAAUUGCUGUGAGCCUCUGCUUUUCUCACCUCUCUUCAUGCUGUCUACACAUUUAUUAAUAUAAAUCCUAAGUUUUUAAAUUGAAAGCAGUGGAGGAAAAUGCAUGCCAUAUUUACUUCUAAAGAUACACUAACAUUUUUGAAAGCUUUUGGUAUUGAUGCAUAGGAGCAACAACAAAUGAGUCUUUAUUUUGAAUAUUAAAAAGAUUAAAGUGAAUGUUGGCUCUAGACCAAAAAUGGAAAUAUUCAAAAUUACUCUCUAAAAGAGGUUUUGCAAAAUUUUGAAACUUUUUUGUUGUUGUUAUAGAGUACUGUU